UUCAAAGAUUUUAUGUGGUAAGGAUUUGCUAGCGCAGCAAUUAUCGCCUGCCUAAUUCUCGAAAUGUCUAGCAUUUCUCAUCUCAAACUUAUUUUAAGCUGCAUUUCUUCAGACUUUUCGGCGUUGACUCUAACAUCAAGUGGUAAUGCAGAUAAGAAAAUUGUGAUAACUGAGUAUCUUAUAAAGUAAAAGCUCAUAAUUAUCUUAAUAAGAGCAGUAAGUCUCUAAGCUAGGGUGCUGACUGUUGAGAUCUUUGAAUGCAAGUUAGUCCUACUUCCAAGUUGAGAUUGUCUCAAUUUCUUAUACAUCAUUAUCACUAAUAAUUUGCUAUAACAAGAUUUACUUUCCUUUCAGUAGAGCCCACCGUUAAAAGCCCCUUUGAACAAGCCAAAUCCAUCCCUUUCCAUUUCGUUACUUUCCCACUAUUGUUGUUGGAUUCAGUCAGGCCCUACAUAUUCACCCACUCACCUACCUUAUAUAUCUUUCAUAAGCUGUAUAUGACCAGUACUAUUUUCUGCACUUUCGUGGUUUCACUUCCACCUAUAAAGAAUACUGGCUCUACAACACUGACAUUCCAUCACGGAAGUAGGAGAAUGUACUUCUCUAUAUUUAAGAAAGCAGAGAUUUCCCGUUGACAUCAUGGUUGCAGAGCUUAUCAUGGAGGCAAGUAAUAUCCUUAGGAAAAGAGUGGUCGAUGAUUCUUUCAUUCCACACUUUGGUAAUAUGCCAGAAACUUCAGCACAAAACUCAAAUCAAGCUUACUUCAGCUCCCAAGAGUAUUGUAUUCCUCAAGGAUCUUUCGAAGUGUUUGUAGGCUCUUGGAAUGUAGGAGGCAUCCGACCUCCAGACAACUUGAACCUCGACAAGUGGCUCAGUACUCAAGACACCAUGGCAGAUAUAUAUGUGUUGGGGUUUCAAGAAAUUGUACCUCUCACUGCUGGAAAUAUUUUGGCGGCAGAAAAUAGUGAUAUUUCAAAGCACUGGAACUCUUUAAUCAAAGCGGCCCUCAACAAGAGAACACUAACGGAAGAUACAUUACAAAAGACAGAAGUUGGAGAGUCACAAAGAAUUUAUCCCCUAAGAACACAGAGUUCUAUCAAGUCAAAUGCCACAGAUUAUAAAUGCAUAAUAAAUAAACAAAUGGUAGGAAUCUAUAUUACCAUGUGGGCAAGAACCGACCUACACCAGUACAUCAGCAAUCUGGGUGUCUCAUGUGUUGGAUGUGGUAUCUUGGGGCGCCUGGGAAACAAGGGUUCAGUCUCCAUCAGAUUUUGCUUGCAUGAAACAAGCUUUUGUUUUGUAUGUAGCCAUUUGGCUUCAGGUGGUAAAGAAGGUGAUGAGAGACACCGAAAUGCAGAUGCAGCACAUAUAUUGGCGCGCACCCUAUUUCCACCUGAACCCCUCCAGCAUUUGCCCAGAAAAAUUCUAGACCAUGACCGGGUGAUUUGGCUAGGUGACUUAAAUUACAGGAUUCACCUGCCUGAGGAUACAACAAGAUCCUUGGUGAAGAAUAAAGAAUGGAGCUUAUUGUUAAAAAAUGAUCAGCUGAGAGCUGAGAUGAACAAAGGACGUGUCUUUGAGGAAUGGCAUGAAGAACUAAUUGAGUUUGCACCUACAUAUAAAUAUGACCGGAACUCAGAUGACUAUUAUGGAUCCGAUCACAAAAUAAAAGUGAAGAGAAUGCGAGCUCCUGCAUGGUGUGAUAGAAUAAUUUGGUUUGGCAAAGGACUGAAGCAGAUCCAGUACAACAGAGUUGAAUCUAGAUUAUCUGAUCAUAGGCCUGUUUACGCAAGGUUCACUGCAUAUGUUGAGGUGUCUAAACUCCCAGGAAUGCAAGGCAGCAACUUGUCAAGCAGAACUGCUGAUUCAGAAACCAAUUUAUAUUUAAGUAAAUCUGAAUGAAUAAUUCCUAUAUUUUGUAGCCGCCUAGUGCUUAGAGUAUAUAAGGAAAUCUUAAUGUACCACCUCCACCGCUCCCCCGUCGCUAGAUAUGUAUAUUUAUGGUGGCAAAGGUACAGAGAGUGCUGAUAUACAAUGAGAAAUAUUGUCUACAA